GGCCCCCCGCGCCGCCCCAUGGGGAACAGAGGACGGCAGCGUCGAUCCCGCCGAGCUCCCGCCUGGACCGAGAGGACGGGCCGAGCGAGAGGUUUCAGAGGAGCACAAAAGUGUCCCUGCUUCCCUGGGCAGUGUUUGUGUGGGCACUAAGCUCCAGCACCUCCUGUCCCCAGGCCGGGAUGGGUGAAUCCAAGGCGUUGGAGGUUCCCCAAGUGACCAGCCACAAUGAGAGCUCUGGCCCCCGCCUGAUCCCUUUCCUGCUGAUAAAAAUGAUCAACAAGUCUCGAGGGAAGAUACUCGGGGUGCUGGCGCUGUUUCUGGUGAUGGUUUGGUACUCCAUCUACCGGGAAGACAGGUACACACAGCUCUUUUAUUUCCCUGUACAAGAAAACAACAAGACAACGUGUCCCCUUGGGGAGGUGGAAAAGAAAGCGGCGCAGCUCAUCGGGAACUACACGAGGGACCACCCACUGUUCUUGCAGCUGAAGGACUAUUUCUGGGUGAAGACGCCGUCGCUCUAUGAGCUGCCCUACGGCACCAAGGGAAGUGAAGACGUCCUGCUGCGCCUGCUGUCCAUCACCCACUACUCCCUGCCCGAGAGCAUCCAGAGCCUCAAGUGCAGGAGGUGUGCCGUGGUGGGCAACGGCCACCGGCUCCGCAACAGCUCCAUGGGGGACACCAUCAACACCUACGACGUGGUGAUCAGGCUGAACAACGCCCCGGUGCACGGUUAUGAGCAGGACGUGGGCUCCAAGACCACCAUGCGUCUCUUCUACCCCGAGUCAGCCCACUUCGACCCCCGGACCGAGAACAACCCCGACACGCUGCUGGUGCUCGUGCCCUUCAAGCCCAUGGACUUCCAGUGGAUGGAGGCCAUCCUUAACGACAAGAAGAGGGUUCGCAAAGGGUUUUGGAAACAGCCCCCACUGAUCUGGGACGCCAACCCGGAGCAAGUGCGCGUCCUCAAUCCCUACUACAUGGAAGUAACUGCUGCUAAACUGCUCAACCUCCCCAUGAAGCAACCACGGAAGGUCAAACAGAAGCCCACCACAGGGCUGCUGGCCAUCACCUUGGCACUGCACUUCUGUGACCUGGUGCACAUCGCGGGCUUUGGCUACCCCGAUUCAGCCAACAAGAAGCAAACCAUCCACUACUACGAGCAGAUCACACUCAAGUCCAUGGCUGCGUCGGAGCACAACGUGUCACAUGAGGCUGUGGCCAUCAAGAGGAUGCUGGAGCUGGGACUCGUCAGGAACCUCACCUACUUCUGAGGGUGGCGGAGCAGCGCAGGGACACCGUCCCCAGGACAAGGAGACACCGUCCCCUGCAGCGAGGGGACACUACACUGGCACGGCCGCAGUGACCGAGGGCAGAGCAUUGUUGUCACUGCUGCCACCACGGCCUGGGACUCCUGGGGCUGGGCCCGUGCUGGACCGCGGGUGCCCGGGGUGCUGGGGCGGCUCUCGGGGUGCAGGGAGCCCGGCGGGGCCGUGGCCCUGAGCCUUUUCUACUGACGCACUGAGCUACCAAGGACUUGAGGGGGUUUUUGGGGUAGGGGGGUCCUCCCUCCCAGCGGGCCUGAGGGGGUGAGCCAGGGCAGGAGCCCUUGCCCUGGACAUUCUCUUUCCCUUAAUUCCCUCAUACACUGACGAGGGCCCUGCUGAGGGGCUGAUUUUGGGGUCCUGGCCCCUCCCUGCCCAGGGAAUGGGAGCCUUUGGAGGUUCAUGUUGCCUCCUCCCUGCCCUGGACCUCCCCCCAAAUAUUUAAUUCCCUCCCCUUUUUUUAAUUUCCUUUUUUACUUGGCGGCCCUGUCCUGUGCCUUAGCGCUGGCGUAGGGACUCGUCCCCACAGCCCCCCUGGGUGGGGGCACCCUGGGCUGCUUGGCUUCGGGGUCUGCCAGGGCCCUUUGGUGGUGCAGAUUAAUUUAAUUAAUUUAAAUGCUUAUUUAUGGUGGAGCCUUCCCCCAGGGCCUGCAUGCCACUGGUGUCAGGGACAAGGGCCCUUGGGUGGGCUGGUGUGUGCUUGGCUUCAGGGUGGGCAUUUGGGAUGUCCCCCACCAUGGAGAGGUUGACCUGGUGCCUUCUCCCUGCUGGUGUAGGGUCCCCUCUGCCCCCGUGGGGCCGCAGGUGUUGGGGUGACCCAUGGAUGGGGGUGUUGGGGCUCAUGUUGGCACCCAAUAAAGUCCUGGUGAGGCUGGGA